CGAGACUUCAUUUCUGCCACCAAUCCAACAUGGCGCCGUAGGGACGUUGUUAUUGUCCUAGCAUUCAGUCGAGCUUUGUUAUAUCGCCCACGAAUGAACGGAAAAGGCCCCAGAACAUUGGCGGGGGCAUGAGAGGAAGAUUUGGGGAUAAUGCUGAGAUCAACCGGCUUCUUCCGUGGGCUCGACUGUCCGUUUUACGCCGAAUACGUUGAAGGCAGCGGCAAUGGGUGCAACAGACCCUACUGUCACUUCAGGCACAGCCAGCAAAGACGGCAGAGCUACGAGUGCGCUGCUGUCGAAACUAAUAAGACCCACGCCGCCCAAAAAGACCAAGGUUAUGACCCCUUCAAACCUGAAGUUGUGCGACCUCAAGAGCAUCGGAAUGGAACUUUGCCUCGGUCGAGCGACCUCACCGGCGCUCUGGAGAUGGUCAACAAGGCCAUCGAGGAGGCCCGCAAUGAAGUGGAGAGGGAGAAGAAGAAACUCUGUCGGAUUGGGGACGAACCAUAUAAUCCCAGUGGAAGGACAAGCGCAGCUUCCUCCGAAGGCGUUAAAGGUCAGACGGCAGCUACACACUUGGCCUACGAUCCCGACAAUCAUCUCAUGACGUCAGGAGGGUACAACCCCAGCCCUGGGAGCAGCAAGUACACUCUGGAUUCGGGCGGUCGAGGAAGCAAUAGCAACUCCAUGGAGUAUGUUCCCGCUUUGGUCAAAAAGGCUCCGUCUCGGGCACACGCCCAGAGAGUCCCCUCUCCGCCCCCAAGUCCACGAUACUCCGGCAAGACAUCUUCCUCAACUUGUAAAUACACCCUGGAUACUUCGAAGCCAUCUACGGACAUGGAAUACGACCCGCUCUCCAACUACACGGCAGGGAUCGCAGCAAAGCGUAAGAGUGACGGCGCCGUGUGCAAUAUUAGCACCAAGGGCAGAAAGGCACAAAGACUCCGCGGGUCCGAUGACGCCGUUUUGCCGUCGGUGAGCAAAGCGCAGCGACAGAGCGUCGACACCAACAAGUACACCAUCUCCGACUCUGACGCCGAGAGCUCCGGAACCGAGUACCGACCGACUUCGCUGAGUAGUCUUCAGCAGAGAAAAGUCAACAGCGUGACAAAAGUUGGAGACAACGUGGGCAAGGAGAGGAAAGAGGUGGCUAAAGGUGGCCUAGAAGCACCGAGGAAUAAGGAGCACUUGGAGAAGUUAGGCCCAGAGAAGAAGAAGAUCAGAAUGGAGAAAUCCGAGACGGCAAAAGUGAACCGAACAUUUCUUGUCAAAAAAAGUAGCAAGGAUAAGGGCAAAGAGUCUCUGAAGAAAUGUGAGAAAAAAGACCAGACAAAAAAGAGUCACGGUGAGAAGAAGGACACUGUGAAAGUCAAGACUCCUGAUAAAGACCACAAAAGAAGCCAUGAGAAGAUCCCUUCAAAAACAAACCCCAGCAAACGAGAUAAGGAGAUGGAAAACCGCGCAAAGGGAAGCGGCAAGAGCAAAGAGCAAAGCAAGCAGAAGGAAAGGAAACAUAAAAACGGCCAACUCCAGGCCACCAAAAGAGACAAGGAUGGAAGGAAUCUGAGCAGAAGCAGCUCCUCUACCACCAGCGCAAAGAGCAAAGCCACUUCGGCCUUCAGCAAAGAGAAAACGAAACACGGCGCCGCUAAAAGCCCCAAAGAAAGAACUCUGAGUCACGCGGAUCUUUUUGGCGACGAGAGCGCAGAGGAGGCCGAACCGAUGGGACCGGACGGCGACGAGUCGGAAGAAGCGCCGCCCGUGAGGAAAUCUGCCGACGCUUUGAAGAGGGGCCAACUCACCAUGAGGAAAGCCUUCGAGCUGACUCUGUCUUUCUCCGAGGACGAGGACGACGGAGCCCCGGAAGGGAGCGGCGCCGACCCGGACGCGGCCAUCGACUUGACGCUUUUAGAUGACUUUGACUUUGACUCGGAUCCUAUGGAAGAGUGUUUGCGCAUCUUCAACGAAUCCAAGGACGUCAAGAAGGAAGACAAGGGAAGGCAAGCCAAGCAGCCAUCCAGAGAUUUGGAGGAGGACCCCACUGAGAGCACUUUAACCACUCUCUUCCCUGGUCAGAAGAAGAGAGUCUCACACUUUACUGCCAAACCAAAUACGGAUGCACCUUCAAAGAACGUGGUCCGGCCACAUAGGAGACCCACGGCUCAGGAGGUUUGCUAUCAGCGCUUGCAGUUGGCGCAGCAGCAAGCUGCUCAGCUUGCCGCUUCGGUCAAACCACAAAGCACACCCAGCAGCGGCUCCUCGGGAGAGAAGAAGAGGAUCGCGCAUCGUCCCAACCCCUUGACAAUAUCCUCCAAGGCCACAAGUUCUCAAGAUGCCAAAGCGGCUGGUAGCCUGCCGGUGAAGAGCCAAACCACAGCCGGUAUCUUGUCAAAGACCACGUCCACCGUUGCACAAAAACGAGUGGCUCACACACCCACCCUCAAGAGUUCUUCUAUGAAGCGUCCCAUCAUCCCCGUUGAUUUUGGGGCCAAAGUCCCCAACAUUAUUCGCCAGCGCUACCUCAAUAAUUUCAUCGACGAGUGUAUCAAAUUUUGCCCGUCGGAGGAUGUCGCUUUCCAGAUGGGCCUUGACGAGGAAAAGCUAGUCUAUGACCGCAGCAACAGCAAGAAGAUCUACGUCAAUCUAGCGGUCAACACGCUAAAGAAGCUCCGUAACAGCAGCAGCAGCUCUCGCUCCUCGCCUGCCAUCAAGGAGGUGGCUUUACCUCCUUCGAGGAAAGCCCAGUCUCAUCAGGAAGUUCUGGGAGGUCGUCUCGCAGCGACCACCAGUUUCACUGUCAAUAGGAUGGGUAGACAGCUCGAGGAGAAGCUCCACGGAGCGUCGUUUUACAGGAAGCUGAAGGCAUAUUUGAUGACAGAGGAACAGCUGCAGGAGCACGGAUACCCUCGAUUGAACCCCAACGCAACAGGGAAGGCCGUUAUAUACAACCUCCCAGAGAAGAAGGCCGUCACGGACCCGUUCACCAAGAUAUGCUGCAGAUGCGGUGCAGAGUACCAAGUCAACGUCAAGGGUAACUGCAUUCGUCGGGAAGAGUGCGCUUUUCACUGGGGACGUUUGCGCAGGCAGAAAGCGGCCGGAGGCUGGGAGACCAUGUACAGCUGCUGCUCCGGGGCCGUGGGCUCGCCAGGCUGCCAAACGGCCCAGCAACACGUUCAAGACGGGCGCAAGGAGUCGUUGGAUGGCUUUGUGACCACGUUCAGCAAAGCUCUCCCAGGAGAUGGCAACGGAGGAGUGUUUGCCUUGGAUUGUGAAAUGUGUUACACAAAGCAAGGCCUGGAGCUGACCAGGGUCACGGUCAUAAACUCCGACUUAAAAGUCCUCUACGACACAUUUGUCAAACCUGAGAGCAAAGUGGUUGACUUUAACACACGAUUUUCCGGCGUGACGGCCGAGGACUUGGAUGGUGCCACCAUCACCUUGAGAGAUGUUCAGGCUGUGCUGCUCAGUAUGUUCAGCGCCGAGUCCAUCCUGGUGGGACACAGCCUGGAGAGUGACCUCCUGGCUCUCAAGCUGAUUCACAGUUCAGUGGUAGACACAGCCAUCGUGUUUCCUCACCGACUUGGUUUACCCUACAAACGUGCCUUGAGGAACCUGAUGGCCGACUACCUCAAACGCAUCAUCCAGGACAGCGUGGAAGGCCACGACUCGAGCGAAGAUGCCGCCGCCUGCAUGGAACUGAUGAUGUGGAGGCUGAAGGAGGACGCAAAAGUCAAGAGAUGACCUCACGCCACCCUAAGAAGGACAUUUGGAGAUGUUGGGAUGGGUAAGCCCAGUUUUGAGCACAAACAGGCCAGAAGCACCCUCGUGCGGCUUCUCGCCAAUGACGGAGAUAAGCAAUAGAAGCGAGCCCUCGUUAUCAGUGUUACCGCCAUUGAUCAUUCAGUCCUGACUUGUGAGUCAAAGUGCAGCACCAUUUCAAGAAAAGACUCGUGUUGUCCACAGAAGGAGGAGGAUUGUUGUCAUUUCUUUGGCAGGCAGGCAGGCCACAUUGCACUAGAGAGAAGCUCUUGACGAAGUUCUUCAUGGGUGUUAACACGCGUUCACUUCACUUAUUCCCUGUUGUACAUGAAGUGCGUCGCUCUCGUGCUCCUUUGGAAACGCACUCGCUCUUUUUCUACAUUGCGCCAACGUCCCAACGUCGGUAAGGCGAAUUUUUGUCACCAAAGCGUGACUUACCUUAUCGUUAUUUGUUCACGACUAUUUAAUAUAUUGACAGUAUAUCACUGUAGUUUUCAGUAGAUGUGCUCUGCAUGUAGAUCAGGACUUUUCUAAGUUUUGUAUCAUCGGCCCGCACAAUUAAAUUCAAUCUAUAUGAAGUACAUACCCUGUUGUAAAGACACACCCAAUGCUGUAAAUAAGCUCAAUGCCGUUUUCUUUUGUAUUUCUGUCAUUUUUGCUCAUUUUUCUUUUAUAUUAAAAGGGUAUUAGUAGAAAAAGUU